AUGUCCACCACAACUACUACCGCUGACACCGACGACAGUAACACCGGUAACAAUAGAGAAGCCGUUGGACAGCCAACAGUAGUGCUAAGCAAACGUAUGGGCGUAUCAAUUGUUCUAACCGAUGCGGCCAACGAUGAGUCUAUUAAAUUGGCGUUACUUACGGGAACCGGUGACUACUAUACGGCGGGCGAUGAUUUAAAUAACAUUCAAAAUGCAUUGAAACAAUUUGACGGCGAUAUCUAUCGUGCGACCGACGAAUUUGUCAAAAGGUUUCGGCGAUUUACGGCCGCAUUUAUCGAUUUUCCUAAACCGUUGAUCGCUGCCGUCAACGGACCGGCCAUUGGUGGGGCGGCCAUUAUGGUGGCACUGGUCGACUGUGCAAUCGUUUCGGAUUCGGCCUAUUUUUUGACACCGUUUUCAUCACUGGGUCUAUCGGCCGCAGGUUGCGCUUCCUAUACAUUUCCGCAAAUUAUGGGCCAAUCAAUGGCCGGACAAAUGCUGUACUUCAGUCACAAGAUGUCGGCCACUGAAGCCCUACAGUCGGGAUUCGUAUCGCGAGUCAUACCCAGCGCUCAGUUCGAUGAGUAUAUCGAGAACUGGAUAUUCGCCGAUCGGACCGGUAUUGUCAACACAUGUUAUCCUCAGUCGAUGCGUGCGUCCAAACAGUUGGUCCGAUCGGCGGCCGUACGCCGAGACGAAAACAAACAGAAAUGA